AUGUCUCUCUAUGAAGGGGCGCCCAACAAUCAGGCAAACGUACUAGCUGCUGAGCGCAAACAAGAGUUACAAUCGUUUUUGAUGACGCUUGAUGGAAUCGACUUGGAGGAGGAUGAGGAGGAUAGAUUUUUCACCCAGCUUACCGUUGACACUGUAUUCGCAAGUCAUGCUGCAGCGAAGAACUGCGUUCGCCAGUAUACCCAACUGUUGAGGCUUCUGAGGCGGGAGGAAGUCCUAUGGGCAGAGAGAGUUGCGAAAGCACAAUUUGCAUUGCCCGGAUACAAGCCUCGAUGGCAUUGCACUACGUGCAAGUAUUACCAGAAGGAAAGCAAGUUAGCCGCAGAGAAGAGGCGGGACUGGGCAAGGGAGUCAGUAUCGCAAAAUUUGCGCUCACAGCUUACUGCAAGUGGCGGCAAUGCUUGUCUUGCACCGAUCCAAUCUACGAAGAUUCGUUCCAUAAAACCUAUCGCCCAUUGCGAAUCCGUAGGAUGUCUGCCAUCAGAGCCUGUCAACCAAACCAUUGACAGCAUCGCUUGCACGAGCGCAUCGUCCUUUGCAUUCCAGGACUCGGACGUUGCCAUGGAAGAUGCUACUGAACGAGAUCAUGAUAUUUCAGUAGACUCAGGCCAGUAUCACUCGCAGUGUACACUUAGGUCAAUCCCAAGAUCUUUCGACGAUUUUCUACCUGCCGACGAGGACGUCAACCCUUCUAAUUCCUUUGGGAACAAUCCAUCUACUCUCCCUGACAUCCAGAAUCUACCAUAA